AUGAACGCACCUAUCCAGUCUCCUUCCCGCCAGGCCUCCAUGUCCUCGGCAACAUCGUCAUCGACGCAAGAGUCGCCCAUGAACCAGAUGGCGCCCCCACCCCAGGCCCCCGGCGGCCAGGCUCCCUCAACCGAGGCCUUCCUCCGCGACUUCACUCUCGUUGCCGAGGCCGCAAAACGUGCCCAGAUGGCCGUCAUGAUGCGCGACUUCGAGGCUUGCGGUCUGUCGUAA